AUAAAAAAAAUCACAAUAAAAAAACCAACCCGUGACAUAAACCCAAUACUACAUCCAGCAAAAAAAUACAAGAAUGGCUGCACAAGCCAAUCCCCAAAUCCUCUCCGACGUCAUUCAUAUCCGUUCCUUAGCCUUCUUCCUCCUCCUCUCCUAUCAUGUUGCCUCCGGCGCCGGAGGAACAUGGCAGCUUCUCCUAUCAAACGUCGGAAUCUCAGCAAUGCACUCGCAGCUCCUCAUCAACGACCGUGUCAUAAUAUUCGACCGAACUAACUUCGGUCCUUCCAACAUCUCUCUCCCCAACGGAGCCUGCCACGACAGCCCAAACGACGCCGUUUCGAAACAAGACUGCACCGCGCACUCGAUCGAAUACGACGUCGCUUUAAACCGUAUCCGUCCUUUAACGGUCCAAUCCAACACAUGGUGCUCCUCAGGCGGAGUCCUUCCUGACGGAACUCUCCUCCAAACCGGAGGAGACAAAGACGGUGAACGUAAAGCUAGACUCUUCUCUCCAUGCCAAGACAACUCAUGCGAUUGGACAGAAGUCGAUAACGGACUCGCUGCAAGAAGAUGGUACGCUUCGAACCAUAUUCUUCCCGAUGGUCGUCAGAUCAUAAUCGGAGGUCGAGGACAAUUCAACUUCGAGUUUUUCCCCAAAACAAACGCUCCAAAUCUCUACAGCUUACCGUUUCUCUCCCAAACAAACGAUCGUGGAGACGAAAACAAUCUCUACCCUUACGUUUUCCUCAACAGCGAUGGAAACAUGUUCAUAUUCGCUAACAACAGAGCAAUCUUGCUCGAUUAUUCGAAGAACAAUGUUUUCAAAACGUAUCCAGAGAUCCCUGGAGGUGAUCCGAGAAGCUAUCCGAGCACUGGCUCAGCCGUUCUUCUCCCGGUCAAGAAUCUUGAAGCGACGGUCGUUGACUUAGAGGUUCUUGUUUGUGGAGGUGCACCGAAAGGAUCCUUUGAUCUAUCUCUAAGGAGAAACACUUUUGUGAAAGCGCUUGACACGUGUGCAAGAAUCAAGAUCAACGAUGCUAAUCCUCAAUGGAUCGUUGAGAAGAUGCCUAGAGCGAGAGUAAUGGGAGACAUGACGCUUUUACCAGACGGACAUGUUCUGUUAAUUAACGGUGGUUCCUCGGGAACCGCUGGUUGGGAGCUUGGUCGUGAACCGGUUUUGAAUCCUGAUCUUUAUCAUCCUGAUAAACCGGUCGGUUCAAGAUUCGAAGUUUUGAACCCGAGCACUAUCCCAAGGAUGUACCAUUCAACCGCCGGUUUACUCCGUGAUGGGAGAGUUCUCGUCGGAGGAAGCAACCCACAUGCGUUUUAUAAUUUCACCGGCGUGCUUUUUCCGACGGAGCUUAGGUUAGAGGCUUUUUCUCCGUCGUAUUUGGAAACACAGUACCGGAGCAUUCGCCCGAGGAUUGUGAGUCCUACGUUACAGUCGACGAUCAAUUACGGUGGGAUUUUGAGGCUAAGGUUUAGAGUAAUGGGAAGAGUGAAAAGUCCGGUUAAAGUGACAAUGGUGUUUCCUUCGUUUACUACUCAUUCCUUCUCGAUGAAUCAGAGACUUUUGGUUCUUGAUCAUUUCGGGUCUUCGAGAAUGGGAUUAUGGACUCAUGAGGUCAGAGUUAAGAUACCAAGAUCUGCGAAUCUUGCACCGCCCGGUUUUUACAUGGUUUUCGUGGUGAACCAAGAUAUACCGAGUGAAGGUAUUUGGGUGAGGUUACAGUGAAAGUUAUUUGAUCAUACGUCAACAAUUAUACAGUUUGUUCUUUGUGUGAAUUUUUUUUUAAUUACUGAACCAACAAAUUAUGGUUGGGUAUAUUUUAUUUUUAGAAUACUGUUACUUUUUAUUUAUUUAUUGAGUUAAUCAGGUUUUAUAUCGUGGAAUUGUAUGUAACAAGAUUCUUGUUUGGACUCGAUUAACAAAAGGAAUCAGAUACUUUGGUAUUUCG